AUUUUGAAAUAUAGACUGAGUCUAGAGGUGGUGUGCAACCUCCCCAUCAGGAGAAAUUCAAGGAAACGCACACCUUCAGAAAAAAAAGAGGGAAAAGAUCAAGAGCCAACGUGGAUCAAUGAAAAAGCAAAGUAUCGAUAUGAUACUUAUGUUGCGGAGUGCACAGAUAGUCAUGGCUCUGAUGCUAGUUCGUGGCCACGCAUGGAUAACGAGGCAUAGGUUAAGGCUGUUGGAGGUUGCUCAUCUAAUUUCAUGCCAGGGAUUGGCUCCUAAGUAAAUCCAGAGAUGGUUGGUUUUACUUAGAGGAAGAGACAACCCCGAGAAAACUUAAUAGCAGCACUGAUGGCAUCUGACUAUGAGGAGACACAGGCAAAAGAUCAUGAGGAGUUAGAAAGACAACGCCAACAAAUUGCUUUGAUGCAACAGCAACUGGCCAAUAUGACAGAAGCUCAGAAUAAUAUGAGCCAGACAAUCGCAUAGUUUGUUGCAGCAGCUCUAGCCACUCAUGGCAUCUCCCCUCAAGUAGGUCAUCAUCCAGUUGCCCCACCACAGCCGUCACAUGGUCCUGGCUCAGGUCUUCACAUGAAUUCAACUUUCACCUACUCCACUGAUUCUACACAAACAUCUCCUAUGGUCCCUGAAUAUCAGCAACAACGGUAGUUUCUGCCUCAAGAUGAUGAUGCAUACCAUCCUACUUUUGAUCCAGACUAUCAGGGUCCUUAGUUUUUUUAUUUUUCUGCUAAGCACAUUAUCUGCAUACUUUGCAUGGUCGGCUUUAUUUGGCUUAAUUUAAUUUUUAGUCUAUUAACUAUCACCUUGAUUUUAUUUUAGUCUAAAAACUAUGUUUUAUUUCUAAGUGAUCUAUUAACUUUCAGAUUUAUUUCAAUUUCAUCUACUUGGUCAAAGAUAACGGAAAACUUCUUAUACUGUUAGAGAACAGUUAGUCCUCUGACUAUAUUUUUUUUGAUCUUUUAAUCCUUAAAUUUAUAGUUAUUAUAAAAAUAACUUUUUUACUUAAAAUUAUUAUUUAUAGGCUCCAAUACCAAAUUUUUAUAUGGGUUUUCUAUUUCUUUAAUUUGAUAUCAGAGCCUGAAAGUUAAUAGACCACUUAGAAAUAAUAAUUUUAAGUAUAAAAAUCUAGUAUCAGAGCCUAAAAAUAAUAAUUUUAAGUGUAAAAGUUAUUUUUAUAACAAAUAUAAAUUUGAGGAAUAAAAGAUAAAAAAAAAUAUAGUUAGAGGACUAACUGUUCUCUAACAGAAUAGGAAGUUUUCCAUUAUCUUUGACCAAGUAGACGAAAUUGAAAUGAAUCUGAAAGUUAAUA